UUCAAAGUCUGUCCUUGACGAACCCACGUGAAGGAGUCAGGCUUCCUGUAACUGUCUACUAAAGCGAUAGCUAAACCAAGUAGUUAAAUUAAGAUAGAAACUGACCUAAAACUGUAAUUAAAUUAACUUAUUCCAGUAAAGAAGGCUCGGCUCGGCUCGGCUCGGCUCGGCUCGGCUCGGCUAACAUGUCUCGGGGCAGUAAGUCGUUGUUGUUUUUGCUGCAGCGGUGUGUCGCAGUCAGACAGGUAACAUUACCGACAGCUAUCAAAACAAGAUGCAGCAGCUUGUUGUCCGGCGGGUGCGGGGUCAUUCAGCAGCGGACUUGGACGUCAACACAGCGGGCGGUGUGUCAGCUUCAGUCCGCAGUGAGAGCCAGCCGGUACCGCUUCUGUACCAAGGCAGGAGCACCUUUUGAAGAAGAAUACCCUCCGCUUCCCACCUAUAUACCUGAUCCAGAACCAGAGACGAAGGAUGUGUACAUCGUGCAUGUGAAAGGUCUCCCGUGGGCGUGUUCGGCUCAGGACGUCCUGCAGUUCUUCUCAGAGUGUAGGAUACGUGAUGGGUCAAACGGGAUCCAUUUCACUAGGACCAAGCAGGGGAGGUCGACGGGACAAGCCUUCAUCGAGAUGGAGCACGAGGAGGACGUCAGCAAAGCUCUGGAGAAACACCGGCAGUACCUCGGUCCACGCUACGUGGAAGUAUAUGAAGUAACAAACAAGGAUGCUGAAGAAAUCCUGAAGAAAGCCGUCCAUGUUGGACAAGAAGUGGGGGUUGUGCGGCUCAGAGGUCUCCCCUUCUCCUGCACCGAGGUCGACAUCGCCCGGUUCUUUUCAGGUUUGGAUAUAGUGGAGAAUGGAAUUACCAUCGUCAGAAAUUACAGAGGAAAAAAUACCGGAAACGCUUAUGUGAAAUUUUUCUCAAAAGAAGCUGCCAAUGAAGCUCUGCGGAGAGACAGACAGGUCAUUGGAAACAGAUAUAUCGAGGUGUUUCCCAGCACAGAUGAAGAAAUUCAUUCCUCUUGGAGGAGGAGGAUGAGAUCAGCGUCUCCUCAGAUGACCCGCCCUGAAUCAGCGGACUGGUGGGAUUCUGGACCCCCUCAGAGUUCAGGCCAACUGGAUCAUUACGUCCACGUGAGAGGACUUCCUUUCCAGGUGUCAGGAGAAGACAUUGUUAAGUUCUUCUAUCCUCUAGUUGUGUCCAAGAUCAUUAUUGAAUGCGGCCCCGACGGCAGGUUGAACGGAGAGGCCGACGUUUACUUCAGCUGCCACCAGGACGCCUUGGCCGCCAUGUCCAGAGACAGAAUGCACAUGGGAGAACGAUACAUCGAGUUAUUCCUCAACUCUGCACCAGACUCCAACUAAAGGAGGUGAGAAACACUGAAUUAAAUCCAGAAAGUUUAAAUUCUUGCUCCAUGACAGACAAAUACUCAAUUUUAAUAUCU